CACAGUAAAGACUCGGCAAGUGACUCAGGAAUUUUGGCUUGGUUUCUUUAUUUUUCUCAUAAUUCCAAGUCAGAGAACGAGUUACGAUUCCAACUCACAGCUGUCACCUCCUUUGCAUUGCAAUCUCAGCAGCCCACAUGGUAACGUCCCUUCAUACUUCAAGCAAAUGGCGAACCUACGUCAUGGCUCAUGGUCCUCUCCACAUCCGCAACCGCUCAGGAGGGAACUUGGACUCCUCUAGUGAUGAUAUUUCAGAAGAUGAGGAUCCUGGAUCAACGAGUACCAAGAAAGCACGAAAAACUGCACUUCCAUGUCUUUCCUUCUCACCUGUUCAUGCCCUCUUGUUGGGACUGGAACCAUUCGAAGAAGAGAUCCUCAAAUGCAUAGUAUUUGGAAACAUAUCAUCAGAUAGCUUCAUCGACAUUUUCUGGGAUAUUGUCGAAAAGGAGAACAAAACAAGCUGGGAAACAUUGGCUGUUUAUGAAGCAGAAAAAUCAGAGGCACCCAGCUUCCUGGUCUGCUUCCAAAACCAGCUCUUUGAAAUCAAGUACAUCGGUGGUUGUGAUACACUUGUCACAGAGUAAGAACUAUUUUGGAGAUCCUUUUUCAUUUGCUGACUUAUCUAGGUAUCCCAAAGUUAAAGAGGCCCCAGACGACUUUUUGGAAGAUGAAAAGAAUUGGGUCCCCGAAGCAGUCCAAGAGGUCGUUAAAAUGAUGAGACGAGGCGUAGAAAUCAGAAAGAACUUUGAUCAAUUCCCAGCGAUCCGUACAUCGUAUUCCUAUAUCAGAAGAUGGGUAUCUAUCCGCGGUCUUGCUCAAGAGCUACCCGAUACCCAAAUCUUCAAGCUUCUUCUAGAGUACCAGAAGACAGAUCCGAAACUAGUCGCUGCUGGCGAAAAUGGGGUUCCAAGUUCAUCUGCGCUUAUCAAACAAUUUUUCAAACAUAUGGCAAACAAGAUUGAUCCGCUACUGGCAUAUGCGGAUCCAGCGAAGCACGAUUCUUUUGGAACAGAAGAGUGGGAGAACAUGCUAUUGGAACUGAAUUAAUUGCCAUUAAGUAAAAAGAUGGAUGUUGCGCAUAUCGUGCAGGCUCAUUUGACGUACAAUGGGAUAUCACAGAUGAAAGGCGCUCAGUG